AAGAAGAAGAAGAAGAAGAGCCGUCUUCAGCCGCCGCACCUCUCCCUCGAAGAAGCGGUGACGGGAUCUCCGCGCUCGCUCCCCCUAGAUUCCUCGCCGUCGUAGUCUCGUGUCCGAGAGCCCCGGAGCCUAUAGAAAGGCUGUAAAGAGCUCGAGCGAGCGAGACACACAGAGAGAGAGAGAGAGAGAGAGAGCGGCCAUGGUUUCUUUGGGCAUCUCCUUCUCCUGUGUAGCGGCAGCGAGGACAACGCCUUCGCUGGCUUCUUCUCCUUCUUGCUCGAACAACAAGCCCUUUGCCUCUCUCCACACAACUCGCUCUUUGGAGACUUCGAGGGUUCCCUUCCGUCUUGAAAUCAGCUACGAUCGCCGGUUCUCCGCCGAGCUGCGGUGGAAGCCAUCGGCCGCCGCCCGAUCAGGCUCGGUUGUAGCAACUACAAAACCGGAGCCUCUGAAGAUUAUGAUAUCAGGGGCUCCUGCGUCUGGCAAGGGAACACAAUGUGAGCUCAUCGAGAAGAAAUAUGGGCUGGUGCAUAUUGCUGCGGGAGAUUUGCUUAGGGCGGAAAUUGGAGCUGGCACUGAGAAUGGGAAGCGGGCCAAAGAAUAUAUGGAGAAGGGAAUGUUGGUUCCCUCUGAAAUUGUUGUCAUGAUGGUGAAAGAACGUCUUCUGCAACCAGACGCUCAAGAAAAAGGCUGGCUUCUAGAUGGAUACCCAAGAAGCUUAUCUCAGGCAACUGCUCUGGAAGAUCUCAGAAUCCGACCUGACCUUUUCAUUCUCCUGGAUAUUUCUGAAGACAUACUUAUUGAAAGAGUUGUUGGGAGAAGGCUUGAUCCUGUGACUGGAAAAAUAUACCAUUUGAAGUACUCUCCACCUGAGAAUGAAGAAAUUGCUGCAAGGCUUACCCAACGGUUUGAUGACACAGAAGAAAAGGUAAAGUUGCGAUUAAAGACCCAUCAUCUGAAUGUUGAAGAUGUCCUUUCAACAUAUAAAGACGUUAUAUUCAAGUCAUUUGCAGGUUAAUGGGGAUGCCCCUAUUGAAGAUGUAUUCGUUGAAAUAGACAAGGCAUUAUCUUCAAUUCUUGAGGAAAAAUCAAGAAUAGAUUCAGCAUCCAUGGCUGCUGGUAUGACUCAUUAGAUUUGCUAGUACCCAUACAUUACAGAUAGGACAGGAGAAUUGGCAUGACAUUAUGGUGGGUUUUAAUUUUUCCGGCAGACACCAAAAGGCCCCAUUCUGCAUUGUUUUUGAUUAAAUCAAAGAAAAUUUUUACAGCUCUAUGCAUCUAAAGCUGAUGCAUUUUUAUUUAAAGAAGCUUCGAUUUUUCUAUAGUUUGUCGUACAUUUUGAGCUUUGAAACCUGCUCUUGGACAACACUUCCAAUGUAAAUGUAACAAUUAUACUCAAUCACAUACAGGAGCUCCUUUGAAUAUA